UCCUGUUUGCUGUUUGCUGUUGACGGCUGUACUGCGUUUGAGCUCCGUCACUAUAUUCUUUUCAUUGACUAUUUUUAACUUAAAAAUCAAUUUUAUACAUCAUUGUUUCCGUUUAUAUAACGCGUGAAUAUAUCCUCUAUUGUAUUCUACAACAAAAACAAUCAGAGCGCCUCGCUAUCACUAGUUUUAUUUUGAUCUCCCGGGUCCGCUAUUAGCUUUUAGCCAGUUAGCAUCAGCAAGCGUGUUUGCUGCUAACUGCGCUUACAUUGCUAAUACUCUAUUCUCACACAUUACCACUGCUGUACUCACUGUUACUUGCUUUAAUGGCGGAUGAAUGUCUCCACUCUGUGCAGCUCGAGGCCGUGGGGAAGCAGAUUCGCGACCUGGAAACGAGGCAGGCCAAGCUGAGAGAGCGGAGAGCCGCGCUGGAAUCAUCCCGGGCUGACGCUCACAAGUCCGGGGUAAGUAUACAGCGUGCUGUUAACAGUCCCACCACGUCUACUCCGUGUGUUUCUCUGUGCAGGCCCGGUGCACCCAGGACGCGAUCUUCCCAGAUGUCCUUCACUGCGACGCCGGGACACCACGGACCCUGGGUGCAUCCACAGCGGAGGACGCGAGCCGGGUCCCGGGCAACUACUUCUCCCCCUCCUGCCUUCGAGCUCUCCAUCCAGAACCGCUUCGCUCCCCUCCGCGAGACAGGACGCGACGCUGUGAUCAUCGGAGACUCCAUCGUCCGACACAUACCCGCGAUCCUGAAGGACGGCGAGAGCCCCAGAGCGGUCGUGCUUCACGCCGGGGUUAACGACACCACGCUGCGGCAGACGGAGACGCUGAAGAGGGACUUCAGGAGCCUGAUCGAGACGGUUCGCAGCACGACGCCCGCGGCGACGAUCGUCGUGUCAGGACCACUGCCCACGUAUCGACGAGGACACGAAAGGUUCAGUAGACUUUUUGCUUUAAAUGAAUGGUUGUUGUCAUGGUGUAAAGAACAGAAACUGCUAUUUGUUAAUAACUGGAAUCUUUUCUGGGAGCGUCCUAGACUGUUUCGCGCUGAUGGAUUACACCCCAGCAGAAUUGGAGCAGAGCUUCUCUCUGACAACAUCUCCAGGACACUUCGCUCCUUGUGA